AUGUCGCCCUCUGCUACGGGGGAAGCCCAGAGAUUCAACGUCAAAUCACGAGUGAUGCUCCCUGCGCAGAUGAUCAAGCUACGCGCUGAUCCUCGUAAGGCUACUUUGUACCUGAUUAAGCUAUUCGGAGGGGCCUAUUAUUUGAAAAGCCACACGCCAGCCCACAAUUACAACUUCAACAACAACAAAGUCAGAGGUGCUUGCUUUACAGCAAGCAGCAAAGGGAAACUAUGGCUCUUGAGCGCCCUUUUCACCAUCCGCGCUUUCGAAUUGAUGGAGAUUGGACACUCCGUCUCGAUUGCGUCCAUGACCCAUACCGGCUUCCUCGAGACCCGCAACGGGUAG